AUGAUCACUAAACCAGAUCGCUAUUUAAUGUUUGUGUAUGGUACUAUUAAAACCGGUCAACCAAACCAUUAUAUCCUAAAGGAUCCAGAUAAUGGUGAGGCUGAAUUUAUUUGCGGUGCCGAGUCUAUUGAUAAAUGGCCCCUGGUAAUUGGAUCAAAGUAUAAUGUGCCGUAUCUAUUACAUAAAAGGCAUUUCGGAAAGAGAAUAUACGGUGAGCUAUGGUCGGUGGACAUAAACAUGCAAAACAAAAUGGACGACUUUGAGGCACAUCCCAGGUUUUAUCGGCGUAUGGAGAUCCCGGUGCUCACCGAUGAUAACACGCCGGUCAAGGCGUGGGCCUACUUUCUCAUAGACUAUAAGCCACACCUAUUGGACCUGGACACUUAUGAAAACUAUAAUACUUAUGGCGAUCACGGGCUACGAUAUGUCGAGGGCUGCGAACGCCAUGAUCAUCCAAAAGCACCGGUAUCUCAAAUCGCCUGUAAAACCUAG